AUGGACGAAGAAGUUCCGAUGGAUCUGGUGGAUGACCAGUUUGAUGAUGUCUCCAUCGAAGAUGCACCCCUCGAAGAUGUUGAAUCUUUCUAUAAUCCGGAUGGCUAUGUUGAUUGCGAAGAAGAUGAUGUUGUACCAACUAAUGAACAUUUUCGUGCUGAAAAUCGAUAUAAACCAAGUCUUCGCACACCAAGAGAGUUGCCAACAAUUCGGGAGGAAAACCGAGAAGAUAUUCGGUCGAAUACAAGUUCUCGAGUUACUACUCGUCCUCCAAGUGUGUUGAGUGACAAGUCAAAUGAUUUGUCGAGUCAAUUCGGAUUUCAGAGUGGAGGUAAUGCUAUCGAUCAAUACACUGAUAAGUUUUUCGCUGAUGAUAACCGAGCAGAGCGGCUAUUUCCUGAAAGUGAGCUGAUUAAUAAGUUUGCAUCACCAGCCAGAGAUAAGCAAAACUCGUGGGAACCAUCCGUUUGCCACUAUGAAAAGCAGCCGACUCCUGAAGUGCAGAAUAAUUCUCCAGGGCUUAUUUUUGCCAAUUUGAGUUCAAAAAAAGAUCCAUUCGCUCAACGAAAGCAGGACGUAAGUCGAGUUGGAAAGGCUUCUGCCGAAAAAGUGAACGAUGAAAACGAACCUACGAGUAGGAGGAUUUCCCCUGAAAGAAAUAUCUUCACAACAUCUCCGAUGAAUUCGACAAAGUUUCUCGAAGAAAAGACAAGUACACCCAAAAGACCCGGUGGAAAUCGUAUCGGUCAACGUGGUUUGCCAUCUCUUGAGUUUUCAACGAUCUAUGAAUAUAGUCCACAACGCGCUUCCGGUACUCCAAGAAAUUAUCAAACCCGGCACCCAACAAAUCCUAUCACCCCGAACACAGCGACAACAUCCGACACCCUACUUUCCUAUAGGACGAUCAAUGAUUCAAUUGUAGCGAAAGUUCUUAGUGGAGAGAAUACUGAUAAGAAUCUGCUCGAUGCUCUUGAGGAAAUUCGAAAGAAACGACAGAAUCAACCUUCUAAACCGAAUUUCGUGUUAUCCACGAAAGGAGCCAAGCCGCAAUUUUCUCAACAAAAAACAUCAACAACUCAAAGUUCUGUAUCAAAUAAGCAGUCAACUUCCAAUUCUUCAUUUAACGGUACAUCAGCUUCCCAGAGCGUUUCGAACUAUCGUAAAUCUCAAGAAUCCCAGCGCAAUGGUGCCACUACGGCCGAACUGAACAACUCUAACACAACUAAUUUCACGAGUAACUCGAGUAGACUGUCGACGGCAAAAAACGAUCGUUCUUCUCGUCAGCGAGGUGGAUUCUCAGAUUCGUCUGUGAGCACUGUCGUCCCAAUUAGCAACUCGACAACCACUAUUCAAAAUAGUCGGGGUGGACGCGAUUCAGUGAGCUCAGUUCGAACUAUAUCACGUGCUUCUUCGACUAUGACAGUUGGUGGAAGUUACGCCCAAACAUCUUCUGGAACAAUGAAACCAUUGAAAAUCCACGCGACGAGAAUAGCUUUUGGUGUCGUUCCACAGAAUGAGACAUUGACAAUCGAGAUUGAAAUUGAGAAUAUAUCUGAACGGCCAUGUCAAGUUCGUUCGACUAUUGACAGCGCAAAAUCAGAAGUACAGAUUCUCGAUAACAAAAUGGCUAUGAUAGAUCCGAAGAAAAGUACGAAACUUCGUGUUGCAUUUACUCCAACUUUGAUUGGCCGUUAUAACAUGUUUCUUAAAGUUGAAGUCCCCGCACAAAAUUUCACUCAAAGUAUCCCAAUAUGGGGUUAUGGCGGAUUCGCGAAAAUUACACCAUUCUCUGAAACAGAUCUUCGACCAACUGAUAAUGCAUCUGAGUUCGUGAUGAAGGCGUCAAAUAUGAAACGUAUAACGUUCAAGUUGAAUAACAGUGGAAAUCGGACAGGUUUCGCGCUAAUGACAGUUUACGAUUCAGCGAUGAGACCAGUUCCAAACGACUUUGUUAACUUUUAUCCAGCCCGAGGAGUUGUCGUUCAUAGACAGUGUGACAAACGUGUUGAGGUUCGAAUUGAUACUUCAUAUCUUGGUCAUUAUGACGAAUUAUCAAAUCAUCGAACGUCUUCUGCAAUGUCUACUGCUUCGACUUCUUCAAUGGCAUCAUGUCGAAAACGAGCAAUUCCUGGUACUGAUUUCGUUGUACAAGUUGCUUGGGGAGAGGAGACUAUUAGAGAAAGGCUACGAUUGUUGGAAAUCAGAACAGGGCGCCAUCAGAUAAUCGAUGGCCAAGACUUUACAUCACAUCAGUUCGCUGAUGAAAAGGCCGCCGUACAUCCAGCUGGAUGUCCGACUAUUAUUGACGAGGAUGCUGAUCUAUUUGCAUCUUCCUACAACACAUUUUUCAUCAACAUAUUCCCGUCGCCAUCGGGUCUCAAAGCUUUCCAAGCCGCUUCAGUACAUUUACCAAAGGCUACCAAUAGUGAUGUAACUGUUCUUGAAACAUCCGCUUUCCGACAGAACACUUUUGUCAGCGACGCCACAAUGAUGUCGAGACAAACAAAACGAAUGUAG